GCUAAACGAAACAAAAAUAUUUUUACAUGAAGAAUGAAUUAAUUUAAAAUAUUUGAGGGGUUUCACAGGGUGUUUACUAUUUUCGCAAUGUGUAUGUUAUAUUGGUAGCCAGCAAAAUGGCAAGGGACGGAGACUUGCCGACUAUUUUCAAUCCGAAGCGCGUCCGAGCGCCGUCUGUGAUAAUAACAAGUGAGGAGGUGGUGGAGAGCGAAAGAGGUGCUGGAGAUGGAGACAGAGAGCGUCCGAAUGGACCUCCGACCCCGCUGACCCCGCGCGCUCCGCUGACGCCGCAGGUGUCGGUGUGCUCGGCGCCUCCGCUGACGACGCAGCCCUCCCUGCAGCAGGCCUACAGCGAGUCCGCUACCAGCAGCCAGGACGAGGAACGACAGUUGCGAGAUAAGAAAUGUCCAAGAUCUUGUUGCUCAAAGUUUGCUAAAAAGAUUUACUAUGGCAUCUGUGUCACACUCAUUCUCACCAUUUCUUGGGUAACAGCAACACACUGCGUCAAGCAUAUGUACUUGGAAGAGUACCCACCUAACACUUAUGGGUUGAUUCACAGCACCGAGCCUUCAUCAGUUUUGUACAAUAAUUAUACUACAAGACUUCGCUCUCAUAAUCUCUACAAUGCCCCAUUCUUCACUGCAUGGUUCUGCACCAACUGGCUCAUCCUGUUCUACCCUCUCUACUUGAUAGUGAUGUUGAUUCACAACAAGUGCAAGUCGGCCAACGAUAUUGUCUAUGAUGCAUUUACUGACUUUAGGGACAAGGGAUUCACAUUUGCUCGUUUUAUAAGCCGGUGUGGUCUCUUCUGCUUGCUGUGGGUAGUCACAGUGUACAUGCACACCUACUCUCUGAAGAUACUGCUGUCCACGGAUGUGGUGGCGCUGUUUGCAACCAACGUCUCCUGCAUCUACCUCCUAUCUUGGGUCAUUCUUCAUGAGCAGUUUGUUGGGGUCAGGAUCGUGGCGGCGAUCCUGUGCGACACGGGCAUCGCUCUGCUGGCUUACAUGGAUGGCAUUACGGGUAGCUCAACUCUCGGUGGCGUCGUUCUGGCCGCCUGCGCUGCCGCCGGCUUCGCUAUAUUCAAGGUGCUGUUCAGAAAAGUGAUGGGUGAGGUGAACGCGGGUCAGCGCGCACUUUUCUUCUCGAUCCUGGGCGUCGUCAACGCGUCCCUUCUGUGGCCAGUGUGCCUGGCUCUGUAUUUAACGGGCUCGGAGAUGCUGCCGUCGCAGCGGAUGCCCUGGAUACAUCUUCUGGUGGCCGGGGUGGCUCUGCUGGUGUUCCACUUGGUGUUCCAAUUCGGGAACAUCAUGACUUACAACAUCUUCGUGUCGCUCGGGCUUAUUACCGCAGUCCCGGUUUCGGCAGCAUUGGACGUGGUGCUUUACGGAGUCCAAUUCGAGGGUAUGAAGCUGUCUGGGAUAAUAUUAAUAACGGUCGGCUUUUUCUUGGUCAUGUUCCCUGAUAACUGGCCCGACUACAUCAUGAGGCUGUUGAAAUGGAGCCGCCGCCGCCAGCGCGGCCACAACGGCUCGGGCCGGCGCGGCGACGCCAUGGACUACCGCACCGGCUACAUCCGCUCGCACCUGCGCUCGCCGUCCGGCCGCGUGCGGUGACCGCCCGAGCCCGCGCCCAGCUAGGCCCGGCCCGGCCGCACCCAGCGCCGUAUGCAGUCCUUCUAGCUUCGUCUUGUAGCCGGACCAUUCGGAAUGACGCAAAAGGGUAGAGACACCCUGGACUAUUGGCAUGAUUUUUGUGAGCUGUCAAAAUGAGAUUGUGAGUUUAUUGUGAGGUCAUCAAGUCGUAAACUCAAUUGAGCAAUCAAACAUCGAAUUUUACAGCUAAUUGAUAACUAACUCAGUUUUCAGGGAUAGAUUGAGGUGUUUUUGAGAAGCUGUGUCUUAGAUUUAUUGGUGUCAACUACCUAAUUCAUACAAAAUCAAGGUUUUAGCAUAAACGUACAAAAGUCCGUUAGAAGUCGGAAGAUUUGGACAAACGAAAUUCUAUUAUGAAAAACGAUUAUUAUACCAUGUCUUGAUUUUAUAUGGAUGUACUGCGUUCAGAAUUCCGAAUGUGUCUGGUCGAGCUUAGGGUGCGUGUAAGUUGAGAUGCAAGCAAAGGUUAACAGGACUGUCAAGAUUACUUGACAGUUUGGCUCUAAUCUUGAAUCUCAACGUAAACACACCUUUACUUGCACAUGCUGAAUCCAAUGGGUACAUGACACCCUAAUUAAUUUCAAAACUACAAAAACAAUGUCCACCUAAGUAUUGAAAAUAUAACGUCAUGAACUCUACUUUCUAUAGAGAAACAAAGCUUCCAAACAAUCAUUAGAUAUGCUAGUUGCUAGAUGUAGAUGUCAUGAAUCCAUUGGCUUAAUGCUUGGUAGCUUCCCUGUGAUCUAAAAAACUUCUCGCUCGGGUGACGUUGGACGAUUCCAUCGGCAACAGUGGUCCAUCCAAAUAAAGACGUCGUGAUAUACGUGAACAUGCGACCAAAUAGUAACUGCGGCAUCAUGAGUGUAUGCGGAACGGCUUCGGCCUGGCUAAACAAAAAGUGUGCUGUAUAAAGUUCAGCUGAACGAAUUUCGCGCUAAAUCAGCGCAAUUUUAUAAAGUACGGCGAACAUCGAAGUUUUCUUACGAACCAAAAGAUCGAUUAACACAGGACGAUGCAA